UAUUGGGUAGUAUUGGAAAGUUGGAAUUUAUAUACAUGGUGAUUUCCUGAUAUUCGUACAUGUUGGAUGUUUUAAAUGCGCUUCGGAUAAGUGAUUUUGGUGGGUAAAAGUGGGCAUAUAUUGUGGCCGGUGCAGAAUAUUCCCAAUAAAGCGUUAGAUGUUGGAUUAAUCAUUUACAAAAAGGAUUAAUGGUUUUGUAACAUGAUAAAGAUUCUGUGAAGCUUCUAUGCGUGAUUUCUUCACUUGGCUCACUUACAUGUGCUGACCUGAAGUAUAAUCCCAGAGACUGUUUGAUGUGCCCAUAGUCCAUUAUGACUGCUGGCCAAAUAUGAGUGGCCAGAAUCCAUAACUCUGACUUCAUUGAAAAGAAAAACGCAUAAAGAAGAGAAAGAAAAACUCCCAGCUCAGACCAGAUUGUCAUAUAUUUGACAGAUAUUUGUUAAAUAAUCUUAAUUUUUGCUAUUUACAACAUAGACGGGUCACAAUGUAUGCAGGAGUGCCGCAAGAUGCAUCUGAUUUUGACGAGAAUCAUCAGUGGACAAUGAGUGGUCCCCCUGGCAGCGUUCAAGAUAAUGAUCUUCAACAGAGGAAGUUGGACAAAGAGAGAAGGAGAAUAGAGGAACAGGCCAAGAAAAAGAGAAUCCUCCAGUCCAACAUCUUACAGCACAACCCCGACAGUCGCCCCACCUCUGGGCGGCGCCAGCGCAGCGAGACACAGCCCCUGGUGGGCUCCAAACCGUCCACACCCACAAAUCUCCAUGCGAAAAACAAGUCAAAAAAGAAAUUACCAGAAAAACAUGAGCAUGAAUACAUUGGUCCAUAUCAGGACGAUGACGAAGUCCGAGGCCCAUCUCCCAACCUCCGACGGAACGACAACUCGUACCCGAUCCUCGGGGUUACAGAAGGCAGCUGUAGCGAUGAUGCAGACAGCGAUAUACAGGAUAUACCCAUCAUGAAUCAAGGUGAGGAGUCAAACAAACGGAACAAAGACAAAAAAAAGAAUGCGCCCCCAAACUCUGGGGGUGGAGGGCAUUGGACCUCCCUCACUCCAAACACCUCAUCCAGCUCCCUCACAAAGAAAUCGCGCUCCAGGUCCCGCACCCCUGAUAUCACGAUCACGGGGGCGGAGGAUCGGCAGCAGGAUGAUAAUGAUUCUGACGUGGAUGAUAUCCCCAUGUUGAAUGCAGAAACCUCAAACAAAUCCAACAAAGCCCAAAAGCAGAAAAACAAAAAAGAAAAAGCGGCCCCAAAUAGACCCGCGGCACCCCCCAGCAUGGGAGGUGACCGGUCAGGUGGGCGGUCCCCAAUCCCUCCAGUAGCCAAUCAGAAACAGCGAAAGAAACAGGGCAGCCAACCAGUGCAGGGGUUCCAACAGCCGGAUGAGGAUGAGGAUGACGAAGAUGUGGAUAUAACUAGUGUCCCGAUAGUACCCGCCAAGUCCCCUAGUAGCAAAAAUCUCAAACAAAUGGCCCCCUACAACAAUGAGAAUGACGAUCAAGAUGAUGGAACAGAGGGUGCCACAGCUCGAGAUUACUCGCCCGAGCUCACCGAGAAUCUGGACGACUUCGUACUGCGACCUGCACCACAGGGUCAUGUGAUGAAGUGCCGAAUCACGCGUGACAAGAAAGGCGUUGAUCGAGGAAUUUAUCCCACAUACUUCUUACAUCUAGAGAAGGAAGAUGGUAAAAAGGUGUUUUUACUGGCGGGCAGGAAGAGAAAGAAGAGCGCCACCUCUAACUACCUGCUCUCCACCGACCCCACCGAUCUGUCCCGUGGAGGCGAAGCCUACGUCGGCAAACUCAGGGCCAACUUAUUAGGAACCCAGUUUACAUUGUUUGACAAUGGUGACAAUCCAAAGACAAACUAUGAAAAUGCCAGGAAGGAAUUAGUAGGAAUUAUAUAUGAAACAAAUGUACUAGGAUUCAAAGGUCCCAGAAAAAUGACCAUCAUCAUCCCGGGGAUGAACUUGGACCACGAGCGAGUCGACAUCAAACCAAGAUCUGAUAAUGAUGGGUUGAUUGACAGAUGGAAGAAGAAGAACAUGGAGAAUAUUCUGGAACUUCACAACAAGACACCUGUUUGGAAUGAUGAGACCCAGUCCUAUGUGCUCAAUUUCCAUGGCAGAGUCACCCAGGCCUCGGUGAAGAAUUUCCAAAUAGUACAUGACAAUGAUGUGGAGUACAUCGUAAUGCAGUUUGGCCGCGUGGCAGAGGAUGUAUUCACCAUGGACUUCAACUACCCUCUGUGUGCCGUCCAAGCGUUCGGAAUAGCCAUGAGUAGUUUUGACAGUAAACUGGCCUGUGAAUAGCCCCGCCCCCCCACCCCAUCAUUAAUCCCCACCCACCCUCAUUAUAAUCACCGCUCAAGUCCAUCUUUGUGCAGAUCAACUCUAUACCUUGUAGUGGAACAAUUUUGGUUUUGUGUAUGGGAGCAACUGAAUUGAGUUUUAUGAAUAUAAUGACACAUAUUUUAGCUUUCAAUUAAAUAUUUUUAUAAGUAAAGUGAAGCAAAGAAUAUUUUUUUUUGAAAUUCUGGAUAAACAGUGUCUUACACUUUUUUGGGUAAUUUUUUUUCUUUUCACAAACAACUGUGUUCAACUUCACAAGCUGUCGACUCGUUUUGUGUUCAUAUGUUAAAUAAAGUAGUAGAUUUUUCAGUGUGCACAGUUCAAGUUGGAAAGAUAAAAAAAAAUGAAAUACAUGAUGAUUUGUCACAGACUGUUCCACAAGCAACCAUCACUGAGCAAUUCCUUUUCUUUCAAAUGAAUGAAAAAGACUGUGUCAUUUUAUUGUUUUCUAAGAAAAUUAGAAGAGUUUUUUGUGAAGUGUAGAAUGACCAUUACAUUGCGUUAAAAUAGAAUAUCAGCAUCAAAUAAAAACGAAUGUAUUGUAUUGAUAUAUGAAACAUUAGUGAUGUUGACCAAAAAAUAUAUCAUAUUAAAUAGUGUUAUUUUUCUGAUAGAUUAUUUAUAUUUUGAUUUUUUUAAGAGAGCUAGGUUUUUGUUUGUUGAAUCAUUUUUAAAUGGUGCGAAUGUAAACAUGAGUAAGUAUAAAUGUGGUAUGUCACAUGACCAAUCUCAGAAAUUUGAUGUAAUUUCCAUGUUGAUUUAAGUCACAAUGUUGUAUAUGAGCAUUAUAAUAUGGCCACAUGUAUCCACACUGUACAUGUAAAUAUUGAUAAAAUUUACAUACUUGAAUAUUCAAGCUGUUUUGCAUCAAAUUUUCUAUGAAUAUUCAUGCUUUCUUUUGAAUGAAAUAUCCAAUGAAUAUUCAUGCAGCGUUUUAUUAGCUUAGAUGUUGCGAUUUAAUCAUUUUGUUGUACAGAUGCAUCAGUUGUAUUCCUAUGUACAGUACUAUUGUGACUUUAAUUUCUUUAUUUUCCGUCCAUAUGCAUAUCACAUGGGCAUUUUCCAAAGGUGAAAAUUUGCCACACGUUGCCAUAGGUGGCAGUUAAAUGGUUAUAUUUUCCCCCCAUCAGAAAAUCCUCAGCUAUAGAUGGGUUUUUUUAAUAUAUAUGAAUGUGGUCGUGUUGUGUCAAGUCUUAAAACAAAAAUCGACAUUCAACAUUACUGGAGUAUUUAGUGACUAUGUUUUAGGAGAGAAAUGUGAAUGUUUUGUAUUCAAUUUUGUUGUUGUUAUGGUGUUGGCUUUGCCAAUUGUGCAAUCCUCUCUAUGUUUUUUUUUU